AUGGGAGCCGCCGCUUCUUCUUCUCCCCCGCCUUCUCUAGAGACAGCCGCCGCCGCCUCCGGUCCUGAUCCUCCUCCCCCGGAGGCCGCAGCUACACCAGCCAAAGAAGAUCACCAGCACUCGGCCGCCGCCGCGGACGAUGCGGCGGCGGCUCCUGCUGGUGGAGGCAUCGCGAAAGAUGCCGCGGAGACGGUGGUCAUCGAUGCCUCCGCGGAGGCCGGCGGAGCAGGGGAGGGGGAGGAGGAGGAGCAAGGGGAGUGCGGGUUCUGCCUCUUCAUGAAGGGCGGCGGCUGCAAGGACGAGUUCGUCGCGUGGGAGAAGUGCGUGGAGGAGGCGGAGGCUGCCUGUUCCAGCGUCGACGUCGUGGAACGGUGCCAAGACGUCACGGCCGCACUGCGGAAGUGCAUGGACGCGCACGCUGGCUACUACGAGCCUAUCCUCCGGGCCGAGCGCGCCAUGGCUGCGGACCUCGAGGCCUUUCAGGCUGAAGAAGCUGCCUCCGCCUCCACAGCGUCGGCGUCCGAGGAAGGCCAGAAGGAGGCAGCGGUGCCGCCGUCAGACGAAGGCCAGAAUAAGCAGGUGUCUGAGGCGGCAGUUUCGGGGAGAGCAGAGAUCCUGCAGCCUGAUUGGGCGAAGACGAAGAGGCAGCGGCAUCUUCAUUUUUUGAGGGAUUUGAGGAUAUGA